UCCCGCCCCGCCCCCCGCGGCCUGCCGUCUCCCUUCCGGGUCGCGCAGGGCCGCCGCCGCCGCGCAGGACUCGGGGAUCCGCCCCCCGCGGCCGGGUCUCCACGCGGCUUCACCGCUCCCGGACCCUGCAGGAACAUCCUUCAACGAGUUUAUGCGUCUUACUGAGGACACCUGACCUUUUGAAGCUUCCUAAUUCACACCUAGAUGUCCCCGAUAUUUCCCAUGCUCACGGUGCUGACUAUGUUUUAUUAUCUAUGCCUUCGGCGCCGCGCCAGGCCGGCUGGGAGAGGAGAGAUGAUGAACAGCCACAGAUGCGCGGACCCGCACCGCCGGCCGUCCCCUCUCAAUGCAGAAGUGGUCCAGUACGCCAAAAAGGUGGUGGAUUUCAGUUCCCACUACGGAAGCGAGAACAGCAUGUCCUACACCAUGUGGAAUCUGGCCGGCGUGCCGAAUGUCUUCCCGAGUUCUGGUGACUUCACGCAGACUGCGGUGUUCCGGACCUACGGAACGUGGUGGGAUCGGUGCCCCAGCGCUCCCUCGCCGUUCAAGAGGACGCCGCCUGAUUUUCAGAGCCAAGACUACGUGGAGCUUACUUUCGAACAGCAGGUGUACCCCACGGCCGUCCACGUCCUGGAGACCUACCACCCUGGGGCCGUCAUCAGGAUCUUGGCCUGCUCUGCAGACCCCUGUUCCCCGAUUCCACCAGCUGACGUCAGAUGGGCGGUUCUUUGGUCUGAGAGACCUGUGAAGGCCAACGUCUCUCAGGCUCGCCAGUUCAAACCUUGCAUUAAGCAGAUAGACUUUCCUACAAAUCUUAUACGGCUGGAGGUGAACAGUUCUCUCCUGGAUUACUACACUGAGUUAGAUGCAGUUGUCCUCCACGGUGUAAAGGACAAGCCACUGCUUCCUCAGAAGACUUCGCCUGUUGCCAUGAAUGACCUGGAGGAGGACUAUGAAGAAAAGGACACCUGUGGAAUGGACAGUCUUACCAGAAAGCUGAGUACUGCUGCCCUCAGGGAAGAGGCAAAUAAUGGAUAUUUCGAUAAGCUGCCUUAUGAGCUCAUUCAGCUGAUUCUGGCCCACCUCACACUGCCAGACCUGUGUCGCCUGGCACAAACCUGCAAACUGCUGAACCAACACUGCUGUGACCCCCUACAAUACCUCCACCUUAAUCUGCAGCCAUACUGGGCAAAACUCGACGACGCCUCUCUGGAAUUCCUCCAGCCUCGCUGCGCGCUGGUCCAGUGGCUGAAUUUAUCGUGGACGGGCAACAGAGGUUUCAUCUCUGUUACGGGAUUUAGCAGGUUCCUGAAGGUUUGCGGAUCUGAGUUAGUGCGCCUUGAGUUAUCGUGCAGUCAUUUCCUUAAUGAAACUUGCUUAGAAACUAUUUCUGAGGUGUGUCCAAACCUACAAGACCUGAAUCUCUCCUCCUGUGAUAAACUGCCGCCUCAAGCUUUCAACCACAUCUCCAAAUUGUGUGGCCUUAGACGACUUGUUCUCUAUCGAACAAAGAUAGAGCAAACAGCACUGCUCAGCAUUUUGAACUUCUGUUCAGAGCUUCAACACCUCAGUUUGGGGAGCUGUAGAAUGAUUGAAGAUUAUGAUGUGAUAGCCAGCAUGAUGGGAGCCAAAUGCAAAAAGCUCCGCACUCUGGAUCUGUGGAGGUGUAAGAACAUCACAGAGAACGGCAUGGCGGAGCUGGCCUCUGGGUGCCCACUUCUUCAGGAACUCGACCUCGGCUGGUGCCCGGCCCUGCAGAGCAGCACCGGCUGUUUCGCCAGGCUGGCUCGCCAGCUCCCAAACUUGCAAAAACUCUUUCUUACGGCCAACAGAUCUGUGUGCGAUGCAGACAUUGAAGAACUGGCCUGCUACUGUACCAGAUUACGACAACUGGACAUAUUAGGAACAAGAAUGGUGAGCCCAGCAUCUUUAAGGAAACUUCUGGAGUCCUGUAAAGAUCUCUCUCUACUUGAUGUGUCCUUCUGUUCACAAAUCGAUAACAGAGCUGUGCAAGAACUUAAUGUGAGUUUUCCAAAAGUUUUCAUCAAAAAGAGCUUUACCCAGUGAUUUGAAAUACGUCCUAUGAUAAGAAUUAAUGUGCUUUCAUAGAGUCUUAUUCUGGGGGUUGGCUUGAGUUGUUGUUUUUUUCUUUGUUUGCAUUAUGACAUUAAUCUCCCAUUAAGAUAUUUGUAAAUUUUAAAGAAGAAUGUCAAAUCGUCCAUUAAAUCAGCUACGAAUGUAAAAAAAAAAAAAAAAAAUGUCUUCACAAAGUACUGAAGCAGUUUUCUUCAAGAAUGUGUGCGUGACUGCUAUCACUUCCCCCGUGCUAGUCAGCGGUGCUAUGCACAGGUCAUUUCCCUGUUUAAUGAGAGUCAUAUGGAAACGUCUUAGAGCUCUUUCAAGGAGCACUUGAGCAAGAAAGUAUCAUGGAAUUGAUGUGAAAAUAAAGUUGAUUUUCCUGAC